AUGGCGCGUCCAGUGAGGAAAGCUGCUGCGCAAGCGGCUGAAAGCAUCACGGAAGAAGCCAAAGGACCGGCCAAAGCUGCGAAACCUACUGCCGCAAAAGCCAACACGACAAAAAAGCUUGCUGCGCGCGAGGCUCCCGCAAAAGCGGAUGGAGCAACAGAGGCGCCCAAGAGAGGCAGACCGCGCAAGAUGCCAGAGGCGGACGCCGAGCCAAAGGCGACCAAGGCUACGGCGGCUGUAAAGGGUAAGAGAACCACCUACAUCCAGAACAUCUGUAGCCUCUACAGUCGCGAUAUCAAGAUGCCUCGUAGCGGUAUCGUUAUAGCCAACAUCACCCACGCGCGCUCGUGGCAUGCAGAGCUAACGUUUCCCCCUCCAGCUCAACCCAAGAAACCCGGCCGCAAGCGCAAAGCAGAGACACCCGACGAAGAACCCACCGAAGACGAGUCCAAGCCGACGAAGCGCAAGCGGACCGCAUCGCCCGCUGCGCGUCCCAUCAAAAAGGCGAAAGCAGUAGCCAAGCCGGCAAAGGUCACCCCGAAGAACAUCAUCAAUACCGCGCCGACCCAGCGACUCCACGUCUUUGUCUUCGGCGAAGGCUCGUCCGGCGAGCUAGGGCUCGGUACAUCCAAAAAGGCCAUCGAUGUCAAGCGGCCGCGCCUCAAUCCGAAUUUAGACGCGCAGAAGGUCGGAGUAGUGCAGAUCGCUACGGGGGGCAUGCACUGUGUGGCGCUGACGCACGAUAAUCGGAUCUUAACGUGGGGUGUGAACGACCAGGGGGCUCUGGGCCGCGACACAACAUGGGAAGGCGGAUUGAAGGACAUGAAAGAGGGGGGAGACGACAGCGACGACGAUAGCGAUGCUGGCAGCGAGACAGACAUGAAUCCGCAUGAAGCGACACCGGCGGCUAUACCGAGCACGGCGUUCCCGGAAGACGUCAAAUUCGUGCAAGUUAUUGCCGGUGACAGCACGAGCUUUGCACUUACAGACGAUGGGUUUGUGUGGGGAUGGGGAACUUUCAGGAGCAACGAAGGCAUCUUCGGCUUCACGAAAGACAUCCUAAUCCAACGCACUCCCGCGCUUGUCGAAGGCGUCAAGAACAUCACCUCCCUCGCCUGCGGCGCCAACCACAUCCUAGCCCUCGACAACAAAGGCAACGUCUUCGCCUGGGGCAGCGGGCAGCAGAACCAACUCGGCCGGCGCAUCGUCGAGCGCAACAAGCACCUCGGUCUCAUCCCCACUCGCGCAGUCAAGAACGUCAAGUACAUCGCUUGCGGCGACUACCACUCCUUCGCCAUCGACAACAAGAACCGCGUCCUCGCCUGGGGCGCGAACAACUUCGGCGAAACAGGCAUUACCCACGGCGCAGGUGAGAGCAACGCGGUCAUCAUCUCGCCCGAGCCGGUCACUGAACUCAGCGGGAAGGGCUUCAAGAUGCUCAAGGGUGGCGCGCACCACUCCGUCGGCGUUACGGAGGGCGGAGACUGCCUUGUGUGGGGCCGGCUGGAUGGAUACCAGACGGGACUCAAGAUCAACGAACUCCCGGAGGAGUCGGUCAUCAGCCACAAUGGCCGGAGGAGGAUAUUGAAGGUGCCGACGAAGGUGCCUGGAUUCAAAGCACAGACAGCGACUUGUGGCACUGAUCAUACCAUCGCGAUUACUACGGAUGGGAAGGCAUAUUCCUGGGGUUUCAGCGCGAACUACCAGACUGGCCAAGGCACGGACGAUGAUAUCGAGGUGGCGACGCUCAUCGACAACACCGCUGUCCGUGGCAAGAAGCUCGUCUAUGCCGGCGCGGGCGGGCAGUACUCUGUGCUUGCCGCGCUGGCUGACGGGGACACCGAGAUGGUUAAUGGGGUCAAUCAUUGA